UUUAUUGUCCAGCCUUAACUUGCGAAAGUGAUGGUGAGGUACCUUUUUAAAACAAUGCAUUCAUGGCACAAAUAUGGUGGCAUGGUAACAGACAGCAGUCUCAGACUGGAGGGGGAUGAAUGGUAUUCUCCAUUUAUGGUUAUUACUUUGUUUGGUCAAUAUUGGUUUGGUUGGCAUGGUAGUGCAGCAGUUAGCACAAUUCCUCCACAGUGCCAGCGAUCACUGAUCGAGGUUUGAUUCUCGCUGCUGUCUAAAAUCAGUACAUUCCCCCUAUGACCACAUAGGCUUCCUCCCAGUCCUCCAGUUCCCCAGCACAGUCCUUGUGUAAAGUAAAUUUAUUAUCAAGUCAAGUACAAUGGCCACUUUAUUAGGUACAUCUGCUUGUUAUUGCAAGUAUCUAAUCAGCUAAUCAUAUGGCAACAACUCAUUGCAUAUAAGCAGGCGUAGUCAAGAGGUAGUUGUUCAGACUGCAUCAGUGGAAUAAUUGUUAGUUCCAGACAGGGUGGCUUGAAUAUCUCAGAAACAGCUGAUCUCCUGGGAUUUUCAUAUACAAGUCUCAAAUGUGUGCAGAGAAUGGUGCAUUAAACAAAAAGAAAAAUCCAUUAAGUGGCAAUUCUGUUUGUGAGAACAUGUUGUUAACAAGAGAGGUCAGAGGAGACUGGCCAGACUGGUUCAAGUUGGCAGGAAGGCUACAGGAACUCAAAUAACCACAUGUUACAUCAUCAGUCUGCAGAGGAGCAAUUCUGAAUGCACAGCACUUAGCACAUUGAAGUAAUGGGCAGAAAACCAUAAGAAUAUACUCAGUGCGUACUGAGUGCACGUUACCAUAAACUAACUUGAGAUUCAUUUAAUUGUAGACAUUUACAGGGUAGAAGAAAUACAGUAGAAUGUUCACCAAAAUAUCCUAUACAUAAACAAACAAGUCCUGAUGAAGAGUUUCAAAAUGUCAACUGUACUCUUUUCCAUAGAGGCUGCCUGGCCUGCUGAGUUCCUCCAGCAUUUUGUGUGUGUUGUAUACAAAAACAAAAAUGGCAAAAGAAGACAACUGUGCAAAUAAAAAUAAUGAGAACAUGAGAGAUUUUAAGGUUCUGACGAAGGGUCUCGGCCCGAAACGUCGACAGUGCUUCUCCUUAUAGAUGCUGCCUGGCCCUGUUCCACCAGCAUUUUGUGUGUGUUGUUUGAAUUUCCAGCAUCUGCAGAUUUCCUCAUGUUUGAGAUUUUAAGGUAGUUUUUUUUCCCCCUAACAUCUUUGGUCUGCACCCCAUCACUGACAUUCCUCGGGUUUUGAAAAUUAGAACUGCAGAUACUGGAAAUAUGAAAUAAACCGAAACAAAAUGCUUGAAACACCCAGAAGGUCAGACAGCGCCUGAGUAAACGUCCGGGAUACUUCAAAGGCGUUUUCAGCAUUUUCUUGAUUCUCCAGUUCUCUUCACUUUCUCCUUGUCUCCAGCUUAAAACCCAUUCUUACAGCGAGUCCUUGACCCACACUGUCCACUGCGGUCGUCUCGCCACGGUCGCUCCCAUCACUUUGUUCCUGAUUUGGAAUUUCAGCAUCUGCAGAAUUUUACUCCAGAGUUCGUACGUCACCCCUUUCACAAUUAAAAACCACAACUCCCAUGACGCGUUUCUCCACCGCGCAUGCUCAUUGCCUUCGAGGGCCUAGCAGAACAAGGAGCGUUGGUCCCCGUGCUCGAGUGAGCGGGCCAGUCGGGGGGGUGAAGCAGAGGCUGUCAGGAGGAAUUUCGCCUCUGUCUCUUCUGCACGACCGAAGUGGCAGCUUAAAGAAGCCGGAGGCCAUGAACAACUCGUCUCAAUUUCCCGCGCCCAGUUCUCAGCAGCGCGUUUCGGCGGCGACAACGACGUCGGGCAGGAACAAGGUACAACUUAAGCCGGGCCGAAGUCUAAUGGAUUGGAUCCGUCUGAUAAAGAGUGGGAGGGACAUGACGGGGUUGAAAGGAAGGUUUAUUGAAGUUACACCAGAAGAGCUUGCAAAACAUAAUACGAAGACUGAUUGCUGGAUAUGUAUCAGAGGCCUGGUUUAUAAUGUGACCUCCUAUUUGGAGUAUCACCCCGGAGGAGAAGAGGAGCUUAUGAAAGGUGCUGGAGCUGAUGCAACAGAAUUAUUUGAUCAGAUUCACAGCUGGGUCAACUAUAAUUCUAUGCUGAAGGAAUGCCUUGUAGGAAGAAUGUCUUCCAAGCCCAUUUAUGCUGCUAAAGUUUCUGUGAAACAACCAGGUUUAACAGUGCAGAGGGAGACAUUGCUAAAUGGUGCAACUGUUACAGAUGGUUUGGAAAAACGACCUCGAGAUAUUUCCCCAAGAUAUGAAUGGUUUCAGACAGAGGAUACGAUCACAAUUGUCAUAUACACCAAACAAAAGGACAUCAACUCAGAUUCUGUGAUUGUUGACUUGGAAGGUAGUGUUCUUAGAACAGAAGUUCGUCAAGAAGAACAUUCUUAUAUCCUUCAUUUAGAACUGAGUCAUGAAGUAGUACAAGAGAGUACAUCUGUACGCUGUCGCAACAAAGUGGGGAAAAUUGAACUACACUUGAAAAAAGUUAAUAAUACAGUAUGGAAUGAUCUUGGACAGCCUCAAGAACACCACAACACAUAUGAAAAGAAUGCUAACAGGGAUCUUUUUUACCGGAAAUGCAGUCUGAUCUCCAAGGUGGAUGUCUCACACAACACCAGAUUGUUCUGCUUUCAACUACCCCCUGGAUGUCACUUGACUGUACCUGUUGGGCAACACGUGUAUCUUAAGAGCUGCAUUCAAGAUGUAGAAGUCAUCAGGCCCUAUACCGCUGUGUUGCCAGCCUUGUAUCCAGAACCAAAGAAUGAUGACCAGAGCUAUGCAAAUAUCUACUUAAUGAUCAAAAUUUAUCCCGAUGGAUUGCUGACACCAAUUAUUGACAAGCUUCAAAUCGGUGAUUCUGUGUCCUUGAGUAGCCCAGAUGGCAACUUCAAAUGCACUCAACUUAAAGGAAUAACAGAGCUUAUCCUUUUGGCUGCUGGUACAGGGUUCACUCCAAUGAUUAAACUUAUAGGCUUUGCCUUUAAGUUUUCUUAUUUCAGAAAAAUCCAGUUGCUGUUUUUUAACAAGGAAGAAAGGGAUAUUUUGUGGAAGGAUCAAUUGGAUAAUUUAACCUCAAAAGACGAAAGGUUUCAGGUUGAAUAUAUUCUCUCAGAGCCUCACUCAGAAUGGACAGGAAAACGGGGCAAGAUUGAAAUGUCUCUCUGCUCAGAACUUGUGGCAAGGCGAACUGAAGAGGGGAAAAGCCUCGUGUGUGUUUGUGGUCCAACUUCCUUCACUGAGCAAGUUGUUCGCUUCUGCACAGAAUUAGGAAUUACCAAUGAAGAGAUUCAUGCUUUCACUGCAUAACAGUUCCAAAAAAAAGCAACAGGAAAGCUGGUUUGCUGUCAACUGAACAACAUACCAAUUGGAUUAUAUUGAGAAUGGUUUAUAUAAUAUUUUUAAUACUGCUAUGCAUAACUCCCACCUUUGUUUAAAACUGGAUGUAUUUGAUACAAUUAUUCUAAAUACAUUUUUUAAAAUUAACUUGCACAUGUAAUUUAUGUUCUUGAGAAUGAUCUGAUUAUACCAAGUGAAAACUCUUUAAAGGGUGAUAUGGUGUUGACUGUGCUUAUGUUUUUAUUAAUGGUAUUUUCAGUAAGUAAAAGGUAAUGUAAAAAUAGAACUGAAAUAUAAUAUGCUGAUGCAAUACUAUGUGACCUCAGACAUCUUCCUGCUGUAUUUGGAGAAGGUGAAGUCUGCCUUCUGUACAUUAUAAUUUGUGAAUGGCUUAAAUGGACAGAGCCUUUGAGCCAUAUCAGACUCUGCACUGAUAUCAAAUAUUGUCAGCUCUACAGAGAGUGAUAUAUUAUCACCAGAAAAUUUAUAUACUUUUUCUUUUAAAAAAAAGUUAUUAAAACUCUUAUGCAAA